AUGUGCGCACCGUAUGAGUACAAAAAUAACUGGACUCUAGCCGUAAGCAAAUAUCGCAAUACGAUAUACAUGUGUCCGGUGCAAAAUACUGAACAACCUUUAUCGGUAGAUGUUGCACAGCAAAAAGAUUUAUUAAUGACAAAAUGGAUGAGAGCAUUGAAAAAACGUUGUCUGACCGCCGGAGUUGGCCCCAUUGGAAGUUCGGAUAGACCUCGAGAAAUAAAAUUAAAAGGCCAAUAUUAUUGUAUCUUCAGCACAGACAUUUGUGGCAUACAUGUGCUCUUCGAUGCGCCCAUUAUAGCAGAGCACUCGAUCAAUACAAUCUGCGGUUUGCCCAAAACCUUUGUGGAUCUGAAAUUGCGUUUGGAUAAAAUGAAACCCUGGGAAUGGUCUGAUCAUAAUCGCAAUGAGGUGCUCAAAUGGUGGGCCGAAUCUUUUCUAGCUGGCAUUGAAAAGAUUUAUAUAGCUUAUCAUGAUAAACAGGGAAACGUACACAAGAUUAUACACAGGAAGCUGCGUGAGCUUUGGCGGGAGUGUGAGCACGACUGGUCGCCCAAUAUAUGUGGACAUUUUCUACGGCGUUGCUUGGACAACAUUAAAACGAUUUUGGCUGAUGUGGAUAACGCCAGCACAGUUUAUCUCUUAGAAUACGAUGCUGAGAAUGGAAAUAUUAAAUAUAAAUAUGCGGAGGAACGAAGCGAACAUACGUUUAUACCCGAUUGGUUCCGCUUGAUGAUGGAGGAGAGUUUGGAGCAUCUAAAUGCAGCGACUCAAUUUUCAGUAUAAAUCGUCUCUACUAUAUAUGGCUGACAAUCGAUUUUAAGCUUAAGUACAUAUACAUAU